AGCCGGCAGCCGCACCCAGUCUCGUCCUGGCGAUCGUGGAGUCAGCGGCGGAACCAUGAAGCUGCCGCUUCUCCUGUUGGUGGUGUGGAGCGCAGCGCUGACGCCCGUCCUCUGUGCCUUCACCGCUUCGGUGAAAGACAUCGUCGACGGCCUGGCAGACACCUUUCUGGAGCGAGUAGGACCAGUCUCAAGGACAGAGCUCAGGGAUCAGCUGCAGCACGUCAGUAUCACGACAACAGAGCUCAGGGAUCAGCUGCAGCAAAUUGAGCAGAAAAUAACCGACCUCCAGGCACGCCAGACAGCGGAUCAACAGCAACUUCAGCAACAGCUGGAAGAAAUUCAACGUCAGCUACCUCCUCCGACACGAACCCCCGGAGCUUGCCCUGCCAACUGGAUUCGCAGAGGAAACAGCUGCUACCUGAUAUCGCCCACCAAAGCCACCUGGCUGGAGGCACAUCAGGGCUGUGCGUCCUACGACCCCAGGGCGAGAUUAGCGUCCAUCCACAACAGCAACAAGGACCACAUUCUUAGCCUGCCGAGCGACAGUGAAGAGGAGGACGUUUGGAUAGGGCUGUUCAGACGGUUUGGUGGCAACUCCUGGGCCUGGGUAGACGGUACACCGGUGGAUUAUACCAGCUGGAAAAAUGGAGAGCCCAAUAACAGAUGGGGGAAAGAGGAUUGUGUGACACUGUAUAAACUGAUUAUACCCGGAAAGUGGAACGACCGGGUGUGCACGGGUCAGUACCCUUUUCUGUGCCAAAUCGUACUGAAUUGAGAUUGAGUGAUUUUCUUGACUAAAGUCUGAACGUGCAUCCAGAUGGCUAGUACCGCGGUUGCCGGAACUAAAAAAGAGAAUGUUUUAAAAGCGCGCUCCGCACGAGUGUUUCAAAACUUGUCGUCACUAUUCGCAAAAAAACGUAGGGGUUGCAUCAACCCUCUGACCGGUUGAGGGUUAUGUUACCGGAGUGCUUAUGCUAAGGAGACCAUUGGCGGAUCCAGCCAACCGUUUGUGGGGGGGGGGGGGAUGGCCGAAAUGGCCCCUUUCUUUCCAUGAACCACCAUAGGAGUAAUGUUAAAACUCGAGUCUUGGGGAGGGGGCGGGGGCAAACGGGCCUGAGGGGCAUUGCCUUGAAUGCUCCCCCCCCCCCCCUGGAUCCGCCAGUGAAGGAGACGAGUAGCUAUUCGUAGUUUCCCGACCGGUACUAUUGCGCAAGUGCUAUAUGCUUGGGUCGCAAGGUGCAUUUGUGUUUCUCAAGCAAAGGGCGAGCGGGAUGUGUAACCAGAAUGAGGUUAAACAAAUACAAACUAGGCUUUCGUAGAAUAAGGACGAGUUUUACACGCUGCCAGCUGCCAGUUAACAAAGUGUGCAACACAAAUGUAUUUCAAUAUGUAUUUGGAGUUGUAAUACAGUUAUACCUGUACCUGUAA